AUGGAUAAACAAUAUUUAUAUGAAAAAAAUCAAAAGAAGCCUAUAAGACUGCAGUUAAUUAAUAUAAUGGCGUUAUACGAUAAUCGACAUUGGCUACUGUCUCAUGUCAGGAAUUCGUUUAUAUCAUCAGAUGAAACAGGAAUGUGGGAAGCUAUAAUUAUUAAUGAAAAGCCGAAAGAUUCAAAUUUAUUCACAAAAGCAGAUAUGUACCCACACAUUGAAGAAUCGGAUGAUGAAGAGGAUAGGGGAGACGAAUUGUGUAAUUCAUUUGAAAUUCAAAGUGGAGGCCAUCGUCAAAGAACAGACACAGCUCAAAGAUUGGAAAAAAUGGAACAGGAAAAAAGGAAGGCUGCAAAAAUAAAAAGAAUCAAAUGGGAAUGUAGUUCAAUUCCUAUAACAAACGAAGAGAGAGAACAAUUGUUUGAAAGAAAAAUAAUUAAAAAAGGAAAACAAAAAACUGUUAGGUCAAUGUUGACUGACGAAAUAGAAAAGUGUCCGCUAUUACCAAAAAAUCCAUUCAGUGAAUAUGCCAAAUUCGAUGGAAAUGCUCAAGUAGUUUUACCAACGAGAACAUAUAAAAUUUUUUUAACAAUGUUACCACUACCCGAACGAGAAUUUCCCUUACACGUGUGCGUAUUGGGUUUAGCCAAAGUUUCCGAGUUGAUCGGUUUCGUGUGUUGGAAAUACAUGACGCAAAACACGGAUCCGAAUUUUAAAUUUCGCGAAAACGUGGAUUGCUACGGUUUGUUCAUCGCGGAAGAUGACGGAGAAGUCGAUUGGGAUUUCUCUUGUUUGGAUCCGAAGGAAACCGUCGGCAAAUUCGGAUUGGCGUAUCUUGCCAUGGUCGACCUCGGCGAUAAAAGCGUUCCGAGUAGAAAAACGGAAGAGAUAAAGACGGGCGACGUGGAUGACGGCAGUGAAAUAGUCAAAACUAAAGACAGUGACGAUUUGAAACAAAUGAAAGUCGAUUUGAUCGCGAUCGAAUCCCUUUUAUAUCAAUCCUAUCACGUUUACAUAUUGAAUAAAAUGAGAGGGAAAGCGGAAGUCGUGCUUGGGAUUUCCGGUGACAAAAUCGAAAUAGAUCCCGUCGUGUCGAGUCACACGAAAGUCACGGGAAAAUUUUGGAAGCAAAAAGCCUUAUCGUACGGAAUUCACUUGAUCGUCUCGUGCGAACUUUUAGAAUCCAAAUCCUCGAAUCGAGCCUCGUUUCGUAUCGUUCACUAUUCGGAACAAGACGAAUCGUUGACUCAAUCGAAUCACGUUCAUUUUAAAAAUCACGAUUUCGAGGGAGAUCAAAAAAUAGCAGAAGAAAUCGUGCGAAAAGUCAAUCACAUAUUACAUUUGAAAUGCGGAACUCAUAGAAAAGAAUACCUCGCGUUCAAGCAAAAAAAAUUAGGGAAAAGAAAUAGUUUUAGCAUAUGGCCGCGAUGA